CCAAAUUGAUAACACAAUUUGUAGAAAUUUUUUGUAAAGAAAAUUCGAAAGAUCUCAAAAUUCAUGAAAACAUUAUCAUAAAAAGUCCACAAAGAAAAUUCAAGUCAUUGUUUUUCGUUAGCAAUAAAAUAAUAUAAAAGACAUUGUAAUAAAUAAUGAUGAAUUUAAAAAAUAAAAAAAAAUAGUUUUGGAGCAGAUCAAUUUGAUGAUGACCACUUUGAAGAAAUAAAGAUGUCUUUCUUCAACUGGUGGACCUUUACACUCAGCGUUGCAUGGCUGCUAGCGACAACAGUGGUUGUUUAUGCUGAGGACUUGUCUUAUCCUCACUAUUUUUAGGGCUGUAAAUAUCAUUGCUUUCUAUGUGGGUAAGCCUUUUUACAGGUACAGGAGACUACAAGGAAACCCUUUUAUGCCAAUUCUACAAGUCCUAAUUGCAGCCAUAAGAAAAAGGAAUUUGCUUUGUCCUUCAAAUCCUGCUUCAAUGUCAGAGAAUUUCCAAGGAAGGCUUCUAAGCCAUACUAGCAGGCUGAGGUUUCUUGACAAUGCUGCAAUAGUUGAAGAAAAUAAUAUUGAGCAGAAAGAUAGUCAAUGGCGAUCAGCAACAGUGACAAGAUUGGAAGAGACAAAGCUUAUUCUAAACGUUAUUCCCAUAUGGCUAACUUCAUUAGUAGUUGGUGUAUGCACAGCAAACCACACUAUCAAACAAGCAGCUGCUAUGAACUUAAAGAUAAACAAUAGCUUCAAAAUCCCACCAGCUUCCAUGGAGUCUGUUUCAGCUUUUGGCACCAUAAUAUGUCCCAAUAUAUGAUAGAAUUAUAGUUCCAAUUAUGAGGAAAGUCAUAGGUAAUGAAAGAGGCAUCAGCAUAUUUAGGAGGAAUGGCAUUGGCUUAACAUUCUCAGUCAUACUCAUGAUUGUUGCUGCCUUAGUAGAAA